ACCGCAGAUCGGCUUCUUUAGCUGUUUUCUGAUAUUCGAUAAUCAUUUAUAAUUCUUUUUAAUCAUCUUCUUUUGUUCUUCUCGCACUUUCUGCACUUUCGAUUGUUUGUCUAUAAAAGGCCCUCGUCGUUUCAUGAAGUCGGUCUUUCUUCUUUUCUUGCUACCGCUAAUCAUCGCCUUUGUGAUUGUCAACUACCCCGACUUUCUCAAUCUCUUAAAGUCACACUUCACCUCCUCCACCACGAACUCCACCACCAUUACCAACCCCAUCACCACCUACACCUCUCCCGACAUGUCGCUCUCGCAAAUCGUCAAACCCCGUUCGCUCGCCAAGCUCUUCCUCGCCAUCGAGCAGGCCGAGGGCCAGGGUGCUAAAGUGCGCCGCUCCGUCGGCACCGCUAAGCUCCGCAACUUCUCUCCCUUCCUCCUCCUCGACCACUUCUCCGUCGGGCCCAAGGCCGGCUUCCCCGACCACCCGCACAGAGGCCAGGAGACAAUCACCUACCUCCUCCACGGCCAGGUCGACCACGAGGACUUCACCGGCAGCGCCGGCACCAUCGACGAAGGCGAUCUCCAGUUCAUGACCGCCGGCAAGGGUAUCAUGCACGCCGAGAUGCCCCGUCCGCAAAAGGACGGCACCAACGUCGUCGGUCUCCAGCUCUGGGUCGAUCUCCCCGAGCGUCUCAAGAGCGUCGAGCCCCGCUACCGCGACCUGCGCAAGGGCGAGAUCCCCAUCGUCGAGCCUAACGACAAGCUCUCCAUCAAGGUUAUCUCCGGCGAGUCCUACGGCGUCAAGAGCGUCCAGGACCUCGCCUACACCCCCGUCUGGAUGCUCGACGUCACCAUCAAGCCCGGCGGAUUCAUCAGCCAGUCUCUGCCCACUGACUUCAACGCUUUCGCCUACGUCCUCGAAGGCGAGGCCAUGAUCGGCACCACCAAGAUCCCGCAGUACCACAACGCCGUCUUUGCCCGUGACGGCGACGGCGUCGAGAUCUCGGUCCCUGAAGAGUUCUCGAGUGAUGUCCGCGUUGUCAUCGUCGGCGGACAGGUCCUCGACCAGCCCAUCAUCCAGUACGGACCUUUCGUCGCUGUCUCAAAGGACAAGAUCUACGAGGCCGUCAUGGACUUUCAGGCUGCUUCUAACGGCUUCGAGCGUGCUCGCGGCUGGGAAAGCAAGAUCGGAAAGAUGAUCAGAUCGUAAUCACGGUUGACUUAGCCUGGUGCAAACAGUAAAAAUGAUUAUGUUUGAAAUUUUGCAGAUUUGUGGUGUUAUUUUUUUUUUGUAUUCUCUGUUAUGCUCUUAUGUCUCUGCAUCCGGGUAUAAAUUUUCCUUUCGGUAUAAUUUGUUUUUAUUAAAGUAAUGAAUAAGCAGUCUGCCGGUAAUAGAAACAGCUGCGUUUUGUAACAAUUGAAUAAAUACAAUAACCUCUUAUUUUCAACCAA